GAGCCUUCCUUAUUUCUCAGAGAGGAAGUAUGUGGCCUGUUUGGCAAAUGCUGCUCUACAUGACAGCGUGAACUUCACAACACACUCACUCGACCGGCUGCUCCUCGACUUGAUCAGCUAAACCUUGCUGGCAGCAUGAGAGCAGUAUUAUGACUACGGCUUUUAUGAGAGAUACUGCAACCUGGAAUAGCAUGCCUAGCAUUUAAAGUUCUGAAAGAGCUUUGACGGAAUUAGAGAGCGCAAUGGGAAAUACCAUGAAGACACCAAGAGCCUCCGAAGAGACAAAUGUGCCGAGCCAAAUGGGUCAGGAGAGUGAUUUCCUUGCUGUCCUCUAUGACUAUCCUUCAUCAGACAUAAGCCAACCUAUAUUUCAUGUAGGGGAAAAACUACGUGUGCUAUCAGAUGAAGGAGGCUGGUGGAGAGUCCAUUCCCUUACAACAGGCCGAGAAAACUAUAUUCCAGGAAAAUAUGUAGCAAAGGUUUACCACGGCUGGUUAUUUGAAGGGUUGGGAAGAGAAAAAGCAGAAGAACUUCUAUUGCUACCCAACACCAAGGUCGGCUCCUUCAUGAUCAGAGAGAGUGAAACCAGGAAAGGGUUAUAUUCCUUGUCGGUGCGGCACAGACAAGUAAAACAUUACAGGAUCUUCCGCCUUCCAAAUAACUGGUAUUACAUCUCUCCACGGCAAACCUUCCAGUGCCUUGAAGACCUUGUGAAUCACUACUCAGAAGUUGCUGAUGGUCUCUGCUGUGUCCUUACAACACCUUGUCUUACCCAGUCCACUAACAACAACAGCGUAAUGAACCAAGUUCCUCCUGUGGUGAUGCGGAAUAAAAACUUCAACUGGAGAAAUAUUCACAGGCUGGAGGUGACUGAAGAUACUGAGAGCACCCUGGCAGCAAUGGAUGACUCUUGUCUUAGCUAUGGAUUGAGGGAAAGUAUCGCUUCCUAUCUGUCCUUAACUGGGGAUGGCACCACUUCUUUUGCAAGUACCAGAAAGAAGAAAGCCCAAUCACUCAUAUACACAGGGUGCAAACGCAAGAGUACCCUUCACUUACCACCUACAUACUAUGAGAACUAAAUGUAAGACAACCAGGAGGAAAAAAAAAGACAAAACUGAGGAGUUAAAAGAGAAACCCAGAGCAUUCUUUGGUCCUGCAGUCCUUCAAAGGCCAAGAGGUAGAAGCACACCAGCUGAUGACCAAAUAACUGGCAAUGCUUCUGCAUUUCCUCUUCUGAAUGUUAACCAGAGACCUUCUUAAGGAUGCUGUCUCAUCCACAGCAUAUGCUGGGAACAUUCUCAGUGCACCCAAUAUUAGAACCUAAUCACAAGCAGAACAGACUGAGACAGACUCAAAGUCAAAAGUCAAGUGAGGCAGAUGACUCUUCAGCAUGUCCAGCAUUGCACAAAGGUGAUUGCAUACAGAAGGACUAACUAUAGCUCAAGAGCUUAAAUUAAGUCUUACUCUGGUAUUCUCCACAAUGCUGAAAACUAUCUUUACAGAACUACCUACAAUGAGAACAGGAACCUUUUUCUGCUCCAUAAGGAGAAUGUAGUGGCCUGUGGUGUCACAAAAUGGUCAUAAAAUUAGGAACAGGAUUAACUCACUGGGAAAAGCAGUUCCUGUUUAACCCUGAGCAGGGAGUACAGGCAAAAGCCUAACUCAGCUGCUCAUAGUCUACCAGAUAUACAACAAAGAGAUUUUUAAUUGAAAAGUAAAAUGUGGUAAUAUUGUGCUUAACUGCAAAGGUAGGCUUGUAAAGGUGUCACCUUUUAUGUGUAGAGGACCACAUUUUAACCUCAUGUCCUGAAGGCACCCCCAUAUUUAUGUACAAUAUUUAUAUUAAUAGCAGCUUUUUUAAUAAUUAAACUAAGAGAGCAAAUCAGCGACAGUGGAUUUUAAAGAGUUUUCUCAAUUUCUCGUCUGAAGAGAGUUCUGUCAAAGGAUAACGACACAUUUCAUCAAACUCCGUCAAGAUUUGUAACCAGGUUAUCUCAAAUUAGAGAUUUUUUCUAUAUAUAUGUGCUCUUGAAGGAGCAGCUAGCAUGGUCCUUUGAACCUGACUUGGGAUUGUUUUCUAAAUCAAGUAGUCACAUCUGGGGGUGUAAAAUGCUGCAACCCAUGUUCUCAAGCCCAGAUCUUUCCAAUCUAAUAUUCUGUCACACCUUUUUUGCACAGAGUUGAGUAAUGAAGGUUUCAAGAUAGAGAAUUUGGUUUAUACAUAUACAUAUAUAUGUAUCAUCUGUAAAUACUUCUUAGUACAAAUCUGUGUGCCCUUUAGAUCUUUUAUCAUAUCAUUUGCACUAGCAAGACAGAUUCAGAGAUCAAAAUAGUUCACAGCAUGUUUAAACAUAUUUCAGAAUUUUAUGGAUGAAUGUAAUUUGACUGGCAAACAUUGAAAACCACAAAGCAAGAUGAACUCAGGAACUCUAGGUGUUUAUAUGAUCCCAUUACUGUUACUGAUCAUUACUAUGUUAUGGUGACUGCAUUUUACCCAGUGAAAUGUAUAUGGGGAGCAUUACAGAUUUUUAAGUCAAGUCAUGACUUGUAUUUAUUCAUUAAAAUAAUAUCCAGUAA